AUGAGUGAAGUCGAAGCAAGUGCGAUACCCGAGGUCUUUGAAUCUCGCAAGCGUAAAAUUCUUGCAGGACUCUCCGUCCCCGAUGCAGAGUACACAGACCUCUCGCCCAAAGGGUCUGUCGAUGAGGGUAUUCGGGACCUCAUCCAUGAAAUUAAUACUCACCCAGGCUUGGUUACCACUAGUAGCUGCGCGGGGCGUAUCAGUGUGUUCCUGGAGGGACGGAAGAAGCAGCCGAAGCCGCACGACGAGCAAGGAAGACAGUUUGUAGCCUCGGGGGGUAAAGGUGCUGGAAAAUGGCUUAACAGUUCUGAAAGAGGCGAUCAUCAAGGGAAGUCGUUGCAUGAGUUGUUUGGAAUGGUCCCUGGAGAUGGCAAACCCCCCGGGCUGAACAAACAAGGAAAAGCCCCGCGUCUCGUGCGCUUCCAUUUCGAGCCUCUGGUACGUUAG